AUGGCUCUCGAAGAUGUUGUGGUUGUGAAUAAUAAUUCUGCUGCAGGCUCUGCCACCAGUCGCAAACGGAAAUUGCCCGAUGUGGAUCCCACCAUGGAACUGACAGCGCAAGAAAAGCAGUGGGCUCUCGAUAUCAAAGAAGCCUUUGCAGACGACGAUGAGAUUUGUGCAAAGGUCUUUAGUGACAUGCAGAUUGCCAUUUUUGCCAUUGUGGAUCGAGAUGAUGUGGGUCGGUCUCUGGAGCGAGCGCAGUGUCUGCAAGCCUUUCGAAUGCAGUACAACAUUAACGAUGCCGUUCAGGAAGGCAUUGACAUCUUUCGACGACAACAAGACAUCUGUCCUGGCAUGUUGCUCUCCAUUGAAGAAUGUCCCAAUGAUGACGGACGAGGAUCGCACGCGCUAGUCAUGGACUUGGCCAAGUACUUUCCGCUUCGAUUCUUGGACAACCCCAAAGACUUUCGGUGCAGCAUUGGCUCCAUUUACUAUUCCAUAUUGUGUACACAACCCGAUCUCACGAGUGUCCGAGAUGGCUUUCGCCAAGUCUUUGAAUGCGAUGAUGUUGGCUGGGAGAAUGCGUGUUUCAAGGCCGAGUUAAAAUCCGUGGAUGAACUCCUCACGUCACUCCCCUAUCGACGCAAACAGGUCAAGUGUUUGCGCAUGCCAUCGGUAUUGCUCGUUGUACUGCAUCUGUUACGUCCUUUCAUGCCCAAAGAAGAAUACGAUGCCUUUUCCUAUGGAUCCGAAGACUUGCAAAUUGAAUUCCCCGAUCGCAUUGAUCAGUUUUAUAUGCAACCCAAUGCGGACCAAGCCUUUGAGCACUUGAUGAAACGAUGUACCAGUUUACUCAAGCGUCGAGUUGAAAAUGAAGAAUCCUUUCGACUACAGGACUGA